AUGACAUCUCUCGCCCCCUCUCCUUCCACAGAGAUUUCCGAAUCUCCAGCUAGAAAAGAAGCACGCGCAUAUUUACACAAUCUCCUCUGCAAAACCCUACUAGUUCAUACAACAGAUCAUCGUAUGUUUCGCGGGGAAUUCAAGUGUACCGAUUCUGACCUCAACGUAAUCCUCUCCGAAACCUACGAAUAUCGCAUCCCCCCCGCACCCACACCCACAUCCUCCUCAUCCACACAACCCCAAGAUCCCACCUCCUCCGCCCCGAAAUCCCAGUCCCAAUCCCAACCCCUCCUGAACAUAACCCCCCGCUGGCUCGGUCUCGUCGUCGUCCCCGGCGCCCACAUCCUACGCAUCGAACUGGAAGAAUUCGAAAGCCAAGUCCGCGGUCGCAAAUCCUAA